AUGCAGGAAAAGUUGACCAUUAUCGAUGUGCCGUGGCACCGCCAGCCCCUCGGGGUGCUGACGUCACAAUCCGCUUUCUCACCCAGCGGACGUCCAUACUCUCCAUACCCCUACCGGGACCUGCCCAAGACACCGAGCGAAUGGCCUUCACAUGCCCGCAACGCCAAGUCCACGCCAGCAGAAACACAACAAAGCCACGGCGGUAGCUUUCAUCUCUUCUCCUACCUCCCGGCGGAGCUCCGUCUGCAAAUAUGGCGGGAAGCCAUGCUCUCGGCAUGCUCCCACGGCCGAGUCCACCGCGUCCACCUCGCCAUCACCGACGCAGAACCGAGCUCCCUUGAACCAAACAACAACCCAACCCUCCACAUCCUCCCCACCCCGGACCUCGCCGCCUCCACCCGCACCACCCGCGCCCUCCUAGCCAGCUGCUCCGAAGCCCGCUACGAACUCCUCUCCCUCAAGACCACCACCACCACCACCACCAGUACCAUCACAAGCACCACCCUCCCCGACACCCUCCCCCUCUCCCUCCCCGCAACCCAAACCAACCCCAACAGCCCCCCCAAACCCGCCGGCCUCCUCCGCCUCAACCUCACCCACGACAUGCUCCUCCUCCACUCCCUCACCUCCACCCUGCUCUUCGCCCUCGCCGACGCCCGACACGCCCACCCCGCCCUGCUGGCCCCGCUGCGCGGCGUGCGCCACGUCGGCCUCGACGUCGCGCCGCUGCUGGACGAGGCCGAGGGCUGCGCGUUCCUGUUCCCCGGCGCGGCGGUCCCGCCCGAGGUGGAGAGCGCGUUGGUGGGGCUGGCGAUGCGGUUUCUGUGCCAGUUCAGACAGGCCAUGGACGCGCCGGCCGUGGUCACGGAUCUGGAUGAUGAGGCCGCGUUGGAGAGGCUGGAGGAUGUGAAGUUGAGGUUGCUCGGGCACUAUGUUACGAGGGAGGCUGGCGCGGAAACGGAAGGAUGGGAGCUGUCGAGCCCGGAGAAGUGUCUCGAGGUUGCCCUGGGAAAGGAACCGCGGUGGGUGCAGUGGGAGUGGGUUUGUCAAUGUCUUAACUGUUAG